GCUUCCGCCACAGAUGGCAUUUACUUGCCACGUCACGUCAGUCUUAAUUGUGGCAUACCAAUUGAGACACCAGCACUAGCAAUUAACCGUCUAUGUGGCUCUGGCUUUCAAUCUAUUGUGAACGGCGCACAGGACAUCUUGGUGGGCAGUGCUAAGGUGGCGUUAACCGGUGGUGUCGAGAAUAUGUCACAGGCACCAUUUGUUGCACGCAACAUCCGUUUUGGCACUACUUUAGGCGCUAACUACAAUUUAGAAGAUUCUUUGUGGUCUGGACUAACUGAUUCAUACUGCAAAUUACCUAUGGCGUUAACUGCCGAGAAUUUAGCUGAACAAUUCAAAAUCACACGUGAGCGUGUCGAUGAAUUUUCACUUCGUUCGCAGCAAAAUUGGGCAAGAGCACAAAAGGAAGGCGUUUUUAAUAGCGAAAUUACACCCAUUAAAUUGAAAGUGAAGGGUAAAGAAGUCAAUUUUGUUGUUGAUGAACACCCAAGGCCACAAACCACAAUUGAGGGAUUGGCUAAGCUGCCAUCACUGUUCAAGAAAAAUGGCGCAGUCACUGCUGGCACAGCUUCGGGUAUUUCUGAUGGUGCGGCUGCUGUUAUCGUCGCCUCUGAAGAAGCUGUGAAGGAGUAUAAUUUGAAGCCACUUGCACGACUUGUUGCUUACUCAUUCGUUGGUGUGAAACCAGAAAUUAUGGGUUAUGGUCCAGUGCCAGCCAUUCAAAAUGUACUCAAAGUUAGUGGCAAGAAAUUGGAGGACAUCGACCUUAUUGAGAUUAACGAAGCUUUUGCCGCUCAAACGCUUGCCUGUGUUGAUGCGCUGGGUCUGGAUGUAUCAAAGUUGAAUGUUAAUGGCGGCGCUAUAGCCGUUGGUCAUCCAUUAGGUGCAAGUGGUUCACGCAUUACUGGUCAUUUGGUGCACGAAAUGAAGCGCAAGAACUUGAAGUACACCAUUGGUUCAGCAUGUAUUGGCGGCGGUCAAGGUAUCGCCCUGUUGUUGGAGUCUGUUUAAAAAGCUGUGAAAGUCAAACUACUAUUUUGCAUUUAAUUCAUUUGCCAAUACUUUUAAAGUGUAGCAAUAUAGCUCUAAGCAUUAUUAAUAUUAUUUUUUAUUUUUAAUAUACAUACAUA